CAAAUCAGUGAAUGGAAUGCGACAGUACCCAAGACCUUGAGAGCAUGCAUGCACGAGCUUAUCGACGAAACAGCAAAGCGCUAUCCGGAUAGAACGGCGCUUCAAUGCUCGGAUGGCUCUGUAUCAUAUAAGGAAUUGGCGGACUAUACCUCGCGGCUUGGGAGUUUCUUGAUCUUUCAGAAUGUCGGGCCAGAAGUACUAGUCCUUGUGUGCUUCGACAAGUCGCUCUGGGCUGUCGUCUCGAUGCUGGGUGUGCGAAAGGCCAGUAGCGCAUUUGUGUGCAUCGACCCAGCGCAACCGAUUGAUCGGCUGAAAGCGAUCAUUUGA